GCGAUGAGGGCGGCGUUUCCUCUUUGCGGUACUAUACCAUUUUGUCAGUGCAAUGUGGAAGACGGAACGUAUCCGACGUCGCUGAGAACGGAGUAAAUCUGAAGAAACCGAAUCAAGGAAAUCUGGGAAACAGUCCCAUUUUAUUUGUCUUUUUUAUUUAUCAUGGAAUCGUAGGUUGUAGUCGUGGGACAUUAUAAUAUAAACUUGAUUUCAAGAUACAACAACACGGACAUUUUUUCUUUGCUACUAGCAAAUUUAGGCCCACGGAGGUCUUGGGAGAGAACACGCUUUUCCCUGAUUUUGAUUUUCAGCAUUUAGCCUAAUCAAAGGUUGAACGUGUUACUGAAAACAUAUUUGAUUUGUUUUCGCCAAUAGCUGUAAUCAUGGCAUGGCCCUGCAUUACCAGGGCUUGCUGCAUGGCCCGCUUCUGGAAUCAGCUUGAUAAAGCUGACAUUGCGGUGCCUUUGGUUUUCACCAAAUAUUCCGAUGUGGCCGAAAUGCAGCACCUAAAUUCGCAGCACCAACAAAAGCAACCGCAUCCCCAGACGCGGGCUACCGCAGUCGCCAUAGAAACACAGCCUUCCCAUGGCGACCAGGAGGCAGUGGCUAAGGCACCGCCCGCAACGGGUGCUGCUGCAGCCGAUGAGGGUCCAGGAUCAUCUGUGAUGCGCCAGGACUUCAAACAUUGGAAAGUACGCCCCGAGCCAAGUUGCAAACCCAAGAAUGAAUAUCAUGCUUCCGAGACCCCUUUCAACAACGAGACUCAGUAUCAGAAGGAUUUCAAGCCGUGGCCCAUCCCAAAAAGGGGAGACCACCCUUGGAUUCCCAAACCAAGCCCCGCGAUGUCUGUCGCCGAUGCUCAACAGAAAUCCAAACAUGCCCAGGCGCUUCCAGAAGUCGACAGCGGUGUGGAGAAGAGCGAGAUCGAAGAUAAGGUGCAAGAGAAGGAGAUUCUGUUAGGAGAGAGGAAAAACAGGCAAGUGAAGAAAGAGAAGGUGGUUGAAAUUAAGGUGGCCAGCAAACUAGAAGGACAGCAGCAAGGAGAUGUCCCCGUAGAGGGCAGAGGGAGGGCGGCAGCAGAUGCGCUGAACAGGCAGAUUAAGCAGGAGGUAGCUGCUGGGAGCUCCUACAGGAACGAAUUCAAAGCCUACACAGAAGUGAAACCAGUGAAGGCCAUUCGAGCCAAAUCCCAGUACCAGCCCCCAGAUGAGAAGACCAGCCUCGAGACCAGUUACAGUGCCACGUUCAAGGGGGAGCAGGCCAAGCAGGAUACCUCAGACAACAAGGCAAUUGAGCGCCGCAGGAUACGCACCCUGUACAGUGAGCCCUACAAGGAACUCAGCAAGGACUCUGCUGAGAGUGACAGCAGCUCUAUUCUAGAGCCACUGUACAGUCAGGUGGAGAAGCCAAGUGUUCCACGCUCUAAACCCAAAAAGACAACAUCGUCUGCAGGCCAUAGUAAACCUGCGAAAAAGGCCAAAGAGAAGCAGACCACAGCGGUGCGUGGCACCAAGAAGAAGGCCUCCGAAAACCAGCCAGAGUCCAAGCCAGAGGAGGGGGGCAAGGAGAAAAGUAAAGAGAUGAACAACAAACUGGCUGAGGCAAAAGAUCUCUCUCUGUCUCUUUCCUGUGUCCUGGUUCUCUGAUUACAGAGUAAAGAUUGAUAAAUGUCAGGGUAUGACAUGACAUGGCGCUUCACCACCGCACAUCGCAUCAGAUCCUGCAGCGUGAUGGGGGAGUGCGUACAUCUGCCAUCGCAUCCGCUUCCUCCUCCGCUCAUUGAUUCCUGUCUCCAUUCCAAGGUUUCCAUGGCUACAGUCUGUGACUCGUUAGCCAAUGGACACUCUGUUAUGAGACUUUUGUUGCAUGGAGCUAAUGACAAGCAAAUCUGUAUGGCUGUCCUUUCCGCAACUGCACAGAUUGGUUUGUUGCAUUUAUCAAGGUUUCCUUUUGUAUUUAUGAACAAAGUAAACCUCUGAGGAGAUUGCCAUGACCAAAUUAGAUGGAUUAUCUUGUUAUCUAAAGUUAUGCAAGAUUGAUUUAUGACAGUGCUCAUAUUUUUUUGCUGGAAAAUCUUUGAUAAAUGUGCAGCUCAGUAUUUGGGAGUGUACUGAUCUCAGGCCAGCUGUGUGGCCAGCACUGCUUUUGCUGUAUGUAUCUGGAGGCGUUUUUGGGUAAGAUGAGCAGACCUGGGUGAAAAACGGUACUGUAUAUUGUCAUAUCUCACUUUGUUGCUUUGUAGGUCUUCAAUUUUUUUUGUACAUUUCUUCAGUUUGUAGACCUUUUUAUUGUGUCAUAUCUCUCAAAUGUGGACAUGUUCUAGGCUGGAAGUAUUUGAAGGUUUAGUCAACAUUAACCACAAAGAGCUUCUUACAGUUCACUGUGGUUUCAGACCUUGAUUUAUUGAAUUGUUCUAAAGGUGACUCAGCAAUAUGGUCUCAUUUAGGACUUAUUCGUCAGAAUAUAAUGUAAAUAGAAUGAUAAAAAUGAUUAUAUGAAGAAAUCAAGACAAUAUACAUAAUGCACAGAACAUAUGAAACAGUAAGGUCAUUUAAGUUUUAUAUCCAAAGCUCAAUAAUUUAAAUGAGGUUUUAAAA